AUGGAAUAUAAAAUCAUUAAAUCUAAUCAAUAUAAUGAGAUUGAUAAAGUAAAUUCAUAUAAAUUUGAUAAUAUUUUUGGAGAAAAUAAAUCUCAGUUAAAAGAAAUUACAGAUCCGAAAUGGAUGAUAGCAAUAUCAAAUAUACAACAAAAAUUUAUUUUUGUUGCAAUAUCUUAUGUAACGGAAUUUGAUAUGUUAGCUAAAAAAGGUAAAGGAGUUUCUAUACAACUUGAAACUCCAGAAAUUAUUAUUAAUGUUAAUGAAGAAGCCACUAUUGAGAAUGAUGAAAAAUCCUUAUCAAAAGCUGGUUUUAAUCAAUUAAUAAAUGGAAAAACUGUUAUCUAUAAAAUUGCAAUAGAUUCAUUGAAUAAAGGUGAGCAAGAGGAAGAAAUUAUUGUUAAAAAAGUUGAAAUAUUUAAAAAAGAAAAAAUCGGUGGUAUUGUUUCUUUUGUUCAUGGUGAAUAUAAUUCUAGUAAAAUAGCAAAAACAAAUUGUUUUAUUUUUAAUGCUGGUGGAAUCUAUAAUCUCUCAAUUUGUGAAAUCGAUAAUAAUUGUUUGAAAACUUUUGAGCAUUUUGAUUAUCCAAGAAGACUUAUAAUUGAAUUAGAUACUUUUUAUAAGACGAAAUCUUGUAUUUUUCGAAUUAAAAAUUGCAUUUUUGAUCACUACUUUUAUAUCGAGCAGUAUAGAGAAGGAAUUCAAGUGAUGCAAUUAUAUGAUUUAAGAACCAUGCAAAUACAACAAAUUUUUAAUAUAUAUGAAGAAAAAAAUUAUUCAAGAAAAUAUAGCAAAUCUGUAUUGGCUAUUUCAAAAAAUAAGCAAAUGAUUGCCUUUUCUUCGGGAUAUGGAAAAUUGGCUCUUUAUUUAAUAGAAAAUGGUAUAGAAAUUUUUCGUAAAGAUUUUGGAAGAAAUACAAAGAUAAUUGCUUCCGACUUUAAGGAUGAUAACAAAUUAAUGAUAAUUAUUAAAAAAGCAAAUCAAAACAGUAUAAGUAUGUUAAUUUGGCAUUUAUGUACAAAUAAAAUUCAACAUUAUGUCGAUUUAAACGAAGUUGAAAAUGAAGUUGAAGAAAGUAUUUUAUAUAUUGCAAAGAUUCCUGGUAAAUACGUAUCGGUUAAUAAUGUUGGUAAAAUAUUAUCAAUAUACGAUAGCUUAUUUAAAAUAGAUAAUUUAAAAAAAGGAAAAGUAAAUGAUUUAUUGCAAUUUGAAUUAUAUAGUGGUGGUAAUAUGUUAUCACAUGAUAUGAAUAAAUUAGAAUUGGAUGAUCAUAUUGUUUUUCAUCAAAAUCUCGAAACAAAUAUAGCACGACCACUUAAAGAUAAUUUAGAACCAUGGAUAACCGAUAAUUAUAAAAAGAUAUGGGUAUAUCUUGACCAUGAAGAAUCGAUGCAGUUAUAUAUCGGAAAAUGUACUGUUCAAGUAUGGCGUAAAAUUGAGCAAAAAAAAAAAUUUGUUCUUGAAUAUUUUUGGGCUAAUGAAGAUUAUGAAAAUGAACAUACUUUACAAAUAUUAGAAUUAAAAGUCUAUGAAAGUGGUUUUUUGCUUGAAUUAAAGCAACAAGAUGAAAGGCAAGAUCAAAUUAAAUGGUUAUAUAAAAAUAAUGAGAAACAUGAUGAUUUAAUAAGGCAUGCUUGCGAUGCCCUUGCACUUCUAAAUUAUCAAAGAAAUAAAUCAAUUGGAUAUGAGAACCAACAUG